AUGCAAAAGAAGAUUGAUAGCUUCUGCGAUCGACUUAAUAGUGGCACAUCGAGUGCUGAACAGCAGAGAACUUUUUCAUUACCUGUUGAGCAGCCAGUGCCACUCUCUAUUCAGCCUAGGAUCAUCCAGGUAAAGCAUAGCGAUGAAGAUGGCCAAAAUAGACGGUUACACACCAUUGAUUUGGCAGCCUCCGAGAUGAAGCAAGAACAUAUUUUACAACCUCAUAGAUGGCUCAAUUGUAUGGAUGAAUUCAAAGAUGUGUUCCAAAACGUCUGGUCCUGGACGAUGAAACAAAAACUUCAGCAACAGGAAGCUCUCAUGCAGCCAGUAGAAAUCGCGCUAAUAGAUGACGGCGUAGACGUUCUUCAGUCUCGGCUUCGCGGCAAAAUAUCUGACGGCAAAAGCUUCGAUUACGGAGACAAGGGUGCUAACCGCAUACGGUCCCAUUGGAUCUCGGAAAGAGGUCAUGGCACUAUGAUGGCCAAGAACAUCGUCCGCAUAUGCCCAAUGGCCAAGAUCUAUGUGAUCAAGCUUGAAACGCAUUUCGACCAUAAAGAGCAGAAGGCCAGAAUUGGGGCAAGAAGCGCUGCAGAGGCAAUUGAUGCGGCAGUAGAUCGUAAAGUGCAAAUAAUUUCAAUGUCAUGGACAAUCAAGCAACCCGAUAGCAAUAGCGAGGAUAAAGAAAAGUUUGACUCGGCAGUGCGCCGUGCUGUCAAAGAAGGGAUUCUUCUGUUCUGUUCUGCAGCCGACAAAGGACUACAUCAAGACAACGAUUAUCCCGCCGCCUCUAAUCCCACCAAAAUGUUUAAGAUAGGCGCUGCAAAACCCAACGGCAAUGUUUGGGACUGGGUGCCGAACAUCAUACACUUGGACUUUAUUAUCCCCGGGUACGAAGUCGCAGAAAAUGCUUCGCUCGAUGAUGACUCCAGCCAGGAAUUUCAGCCACAGACCGGGUCCUCCGUUGCAACUGCUCUAGGUGCUGGCCUUGCUGCUCUUGUAAUUUGCUGCGUGCAACUAGCUUCAAUACAUACGCAAAUGUCUCGGCAAAAGGGCCAUCCAGAUGUACCAAGCUCUUUGACCCUUGAUGAUCUUCGACAUUUCAAAAACCAUGAGAAUAUGAAAGCCGCCCUUGGAACCAUUGGCACUAGCCCAGAUAGCGACAAUAAGUUUAUUGAGGUAUGGAGACUGUUUGACAAGGCAGCUAAAGAUAUGGCUGGAAAGGACAAAGAACAACAGUUAGGGGUGAUAGUGGCAUUGGCUUAUAAGUUCAGGACUUCUUGA